AUGACGGCCAGUAGCACGCCACCUGAUGUAACCGCAGAUGCUCGCAAACCAUUCAGCCAUUGCAAACAGGAGGGUCCUAUGUUCUCAGGGUCCUAUGCUCCCAGGGUCCUAUGUUCCCAGGGUCCUAUGCUCCCAGGGUCCUAUGCUCCCAGGGUCCUAUGUUCCCAGGAUCCUAUGUCAAAGAGCUAUAAACUUGAGGAGGAGGAGGAGGAGGAGGAGGGGGAGACUCAACAGAGCCCAUUUAAAGUGCCAGACAAUAAUAGCAUUUUUCAGCUGAGUAUCAAUGAAAGAGGGGACCAAAAAGAGGAGAUGCGUAAAUUCCUGGCUUUGCCAAUUGAUGAGAAGACGACCCACGCUGCACGAAUGAUGGCCAAGCUGAAGAAAGAGCUGGCAGAAAGACUGGAGGAGGAGGAGGAGGGGGAGGAGGAAGAAAAGGAGAAGAAGAAGAAUGUAAAACAAAUCAAGAGUAGGGCAGUUCUCCCUAAACAAACACCCAGCAGACAUGAGCUGAAGAUGGCCAUGAUGAAACGAGAAAACGUUAUGAAAGACAGCAAACAUGACUUCAUCUCCAUGGAACGGCAGAAGGCAGUGUUGGAGUUAUCUCUGAUGACGAAGAGGUCCGAAAUUUUGAGGAUGGACAAGGCCAUUACAAAAGAGGAGGGGCAGCUGAAACAGCUUGAAAAGAUCAUUGAGAGAGACAACCUGAACUUUGAAGCGUUCCUCAGGGAGAACGAGAAGAAGUCUGUGGAGGCCAGAACAUUUUUUGAACGGGAGGCCAAGUCCAAACAGGAGAAGAAUGCUGAGAUCAAGAAACUGACUGCUGAAAUAGGGACCAUAAAAAGUGAAAUCGCCAAGUUUGAAGAGAUCCUGAUAGACUACAAGAGAUACAAGGAGCUUCUGUUCAAGUUGUCUCCUCCAGAGUGGCAGGAGGCCCAGAAGACCAAGGCUUUGAAAGCCGAAGUCCUGUCUGACGGAGACAAGCAUAACAGGGAGCCUGCAGAGUCAGCUGUUAGCGACGGUUUGGAGAACAAAGAUUCCAGUCCCGGGCGAGAGCUGCCCUCCAUCAGAGAGACCAGGCUGUCCUCAGCCCACAGCGACACACUGAUCACCAAUUCUAAACUGGAUAGUGACAGCUCAGAAUAUGAGGAUGAGCCAGAGCUGUACUUCACUGAUCCCAAGCAGCUACUGGAUCUGGUGACAGAGCUGACAGAGCAGAACUUGUCCCUGAUUCAGAACUCUACAAGGGUGGAGGAGACACUGGAAGAGCUCCGACAGUCCAUGGAGACAACUAGGAAGAAGAUUGAAAAGGAUGAAGAGCAGCUAACGCUUCAGCUAAACGACAUGAACCAGAGAAUCGACAAAGAGAAGGCAAGAAGCACCAAGCUCAAACAGAAGGUUCAGCUCCAUGUCUCAUUGAACACAGAAGACCAGGAUGUUAUGUUGGACGCUCUGGGUGAGAAGGUGGCGGACGUCCAUCGCUGCUGCGUGGAUGACAGGAUGACCAACCUCAGCACGUUGGAGAAGCUGGCCAAUAUUGAGAACCGUAUGUCUUUACUGCUGCAGGGCCUUGAGAGCAUCCCUGAAGAAAGCUUAGAGAUGAUGAAGAAGAUAAAGGACAGUGAGAGGAGGAGCAGGCAGCGUGAAGAAAAGCUGAGAGAGCAGAGCGAGAAACAGAAGGAAAGGAUGAGGAGGUACAUGGAGAGAUCCCUGGCUGACUCCAAGAAAAUAAGUGGGAGAAAGCUCAUGCCCAGAUGCAUGCCUGUUGCCCAGAAAGUCAGAGUCAGCAAUGUGGACAACACCCCAGCUGAAGAUGAGAUCCAUGCCUACCUCUUCACCUCUGAGGACAUAGAGUAAAAAAAACUAAAGACAAUUAGGCAAAGAAAAUUAUGUAAAAAAUUUUUUUUUAAAUGAGUGUAAUCAUGCCUCAACACAACAGUUGAGGAGUGAAAAUGUUUUAUUAUUGCAUAUUUAGUUGCCUACACCACAUUCAUGACAUAAAAUCAAUGCAUCAACAUCAGAUGAAAUGUUAACACAAAAAAUAGCAUUAUGGUGUGCAUUACAGGGCCAGAACAAAAAUAUGCAAGAGAAUUAUGUAAAGUACAAUAAAGCAGUCUGAUUGCAGAGAA